UCCCUAGACCUUUAUAUAUCAAAAGAUCUCUAUACAUUGAGAGACACUUUCUAAAACCUCCAUAUACUGAGAGACCAUCUUAGACUGACACUUCACUGAGAUCUCCAUCUCUAAUACAUCGAGAGACCCCAUACAUACACUUUUAUUGAAUCUAGGAUCUCGCUACAGUAAGAGAUGUGAUCCCGAGAGACAUUCACUAAUACCACACUACUUAGACACCUCCCAAAAACCAAGAGUCCUCCAGACGUUGAUAUCCCUCUCUUAGAGAACGUCUUGCACUGGGAGACCCCAGUCAUUGUGGGACCUUCACUAAUAUAUACUGUCAUACACAGUGAGACGUCCAAUAUUGUUAGUCAUUUUGUGCCAGACACAAAUUCGCACAUUAGGAAGAGACAUACUGAGCAACAUCUACACUGGCAUAAGAGACAGGGCUUUCCUCAGCUAGCGAGACAGACACAGAGUGGAGCAGGACAGCUAUAUUUAGUCUGACUCCAUGAGCCACCUAGCACGUUACCAUUGCAUACAGUAUUUGGGGGCGUCUGCUGUAUUCAGUCACUGGGAGGAGAGAUCCAUAAUAGAGGCAUAGACACCUCCCAAAACAGUACAGACAGAACAAAGAGGCACAGGGAAUCAGACAUACUGGCGGCUCUUAAUUCAUUCAUGGAAGAUACAGAGUCAUCUGAUUUUCUGUCCUCUUGCGACUCCAUCUAUUCAGUGGGGAGCACAGCUGUCAGUGGCAGAGAAGAUACAAACUACGUGGAUUUUGGUGUCUUCCUUUCUGGGGGUUUGGAGGAAGCCAAUAAAGUAGAGGAGGACAUGGAUAAUGUGAGGAUGAUUCCAAAUUCUAGACUUAGCAGCAAUGACCACCCUGUCUUAAUACGCUUAGAGAAUGAAUACCAAGCACGGAAAUCUCAUUGGUAUCAGCGAUCAGGACGGUAUUUUGGACAAAUGCAAGAGAUAGAUGGGAGGCUCUCCUUCACUAGUCAGAACACUGUCACAAGCAGGGGGUCACCACUUGGUAGCAAAAAUGAAGAAAAACAUUUGAAGCACUACAUUAGCCAAGACACAAAUCCAGGAGCCCCUCAUGGACUCAAAAGGCAAUGGAAACAAGAGGCAGAAUUGCCUAAAGAUUGGUGGAAGGAGAGAAAGGAACAGGCCUAUUCUGCAUCUGAAGGAGACAGAAUAUUUGCUCAGAAGUGCCGGGAACUCCAAGGGUUCAUCAAACCGCUGACAGAUCUUCUAAAUGGGCUGAAGAAGGGGCGUUAUGAGAGAGGGUUAAGCACCUUCCAGCAGAGUGUAGCAAUGGAUCGGAUACAAAGGAUUAUUGGUGUUCUGCAAAAGCCACAAAUGGGUGAACGGUACUUGGGCACCCUGCUUCAAGUUGAAAUGAUGUUAAAGAUUUGGUUCCCCACUGUUACCAGCUCCUCAUCUGCAUCAUCAUCUUCAGAUUGUGAAAAGGAAGAACCUCACUAUAAGAUUGCUAAGCUUCCAAAGGUUGACUGCUUGAGUGCAAGGAGAUGUCCGCUGACUGAGCUCCCUUCAUCUAACACUGAUUCUGAAGAAACCCCCAUUCAGUCCCCUGUUUUGAAACAGUCACACUCAGAUUGUCUCUGUAAAGACAGAAUGCAUGUUUUGUCAGAGUGGCCCUCCAUGAAUUUAACCUGGAUGCACACUGCUCCUAUUCCUAACCCUUCAUUGAGCCAGGCUGAUUUGCAUCAUCUCAACAUGGCUUUAGAACAGGAAAUCUGUGGACCACAUACAAACAACUGUGGGGUCAUUCUUUUUCUGCACAACAAUCUGGUCUCUUCCUCACCUUUACCCAGGCCUGCCUCUACCAUGCAGACCGAGGAGCUGCCAUCAGUCAUCCGUAAGAAUUGCAGAGAAGAAGUUAAAAGAAGCGAAUUGCCUCUUCGGAGCCAAAGUGCUCCUCCCAUGCUACCAACCAUUGGAAGUCCCAGGCUGGGUGAGAAUGGAGGCCACUCAUGUUCCCUGUCUCACCUACCAAUGUGUACACAGAGACCUGCCGGGGAGAAAACCUAAACUGUGCAUUUCGGAUCUUCCGAUAAAUAAGAUAUCUGUCCGUCUGUUCAGCUUCAUCCAUGUUGCUCAGUCUUGGAAAUGGGUAAAGAGCCCCUUUUCUUGGACAGGAGAAAACCAAAAGAGCUGGAAGUCAUGUGUUUUUCUGUUUUAUAUGAGACCUCACAGAGCCUCAGUGCUGGAUUUCCAAGUUAUACUAAGAGUAAGAGGGCUAUACCAUGUAUAAGGGAGCACAGAGAGGUGGUGGGGUCAGAGAAGACUGCAUAUUGAAAGGUGCAAACAGCAAUAUUAUGGUUACUUCCCACCUCCACCUAUUUUGACCCAUCAUAAUAGGCCUCACCCCCAUAACUUCCCCAUGAUACCUGUUUCCUGUCGUCCACAGCAGCAAAAUUUGUUACAGAAAAAAAGUUAAUAGCAUGAAUGUGUUAGCCAAGGAUUCUGCACUACCAAAAUUAUUCCAUAUCAUGCUUGAGUUACUUUACUUUUUUUAAAGGAAUGAGGACAAUGCACAAGUCAGAAAAUGUAAUCUUGCAUGACAGAGCAGCAAGAUCAGCAACAGAAUGUUUUUUAAUGCCAUUGGACGAAUGUGCUUGCUUGCAUACUGCUAAAACACAAAACCAAUACAUGCUGCUAUGGUGAAUGAAGCAGCUUCCCAAAAUACUGGUGUGCUGGUGGUUGUGCAUUUGGUCUGACAUCGAACUACUCUCCCUUUUGAGGACAUUGUAAUGCCUCCUACCGGAACAUCACUUUUCAUAGCAAACUGGACGUGUAACAACAGGCACAGCAGCUUAAGGAGAAAAAGAAAUAUCAAAACGUUGUCUUACUACAAAGACACAAAGCAUACAAUUCAACAAAAUAUAAAAGUGUGUCACUUUUACUCAAUGUAUGUUUAAAAUCUUUUUUGUUUUUCUUUUUAUAAAUGCUGCUUUGAGACAAUAAAAUGCAUCAAUAAAAAUAAAG